CUUAUUCCUAGCUAAGAAAAUUAGUUGCUUCUUCGCUUUCCUGCUGCACUUGUUCGAGUUCUUCUCUCCACUCCAAACACCCAAACAACACCUACGAGAGAUGCAGUGCAGAUACUAGGGAUAGCUAGAUAGCACCCAUGACGCCUGUGGUGAGCGCUUCACUUGGAGCGUCGGGUCCUUUGCUGGUGAAGCUCGGCACCUUGCUCGCCAAUGAGUGUGGCCGUCUGAAAGGGGUCCGCCGUGAGAUCCGGUCCCUUAAAUCUGAGCUUACCUGUAUGCAUGCCGCGCUUACUAAAUAUGCAAUGAUAGAAGAUCCUGAUGUCCAAGUGAAGGCAUGGAUGUCAUUGGUGAGGGAGUUGGCCUAUGAUACCGAGGAUGUCUUCGACAAGUUCAUCCACCAGCUUGGUGACAGCCGAUACCAUGGCGGUUUCAAGGAGUUCUUCCGCAAGACCGCUCGCCGUCUGAAAACACUUGGGUCUCGCCGCGGAAUCGCCAACCAAAUUGACGACCUGAAGACUCGCAUCAAGAAAGUGCAAGAGCUCAAGGAUAGCUACAAGCUCAAUGAUGCUCCUUCUAGCACCAUGGACCAUAUAGCUAUGGAUCCCCGGCUUCAAGCGAUCUUUGCUGAGGAGGCACACAUUGUGGGCCUGGAAGGUCCAAGAAAUGAUCUUGCCAAGUGGAUGGUGGAAGAAGGAAACAAUUCCAGACAUUGCAAGGUGUUGUCUAUUGUUGGGUUUGGUGGAUUGGGAAAGACAACACUCGCAAAUGAGGUUUAUCGCAAGAUUCAAAGAGAUUUUCAGUGUAGGGCUUUUAUAUCUGUCUCACAAAAGCCAGAUAUAAAGAAAAUUAUCAAGGAUGUGAUCUCUCAAGUGUCAUGCGGAGAUGGAGCCACAAAAGAUACCAGUGAUUGGGAUGCAAGCAAGUUCAUUGCAAAGCUAAGGGAACUACUACAAGAUAAAAGGUAUCUCAUCUUCAUUGAUGAUGUAUGGUCGACACAAGCAUGGAACAUUAUUAAAUGUGCUUUUCCAGAGAAUAAUUGUUCUAGUAGAAUUAUAGCUACUACACGCAUCAUUGAUGUAGCAAAGGCAUGUUGUCCAACCACUGAUGACCGCAUGUUUGAAAUGAAACCCCUAAGUGAUGUUAACUCUAGAAGAUUGUUUUUCAAAAGAAUAUUUGGCUCUGAUGACUGUUGUCCCAAUAUGCUAAAUGAAGUUUCAAAUGAAAUUCUGAAAAGGUGUGGAGGCCUGCCAUUAGCAAUUAUCAGUAUAUCUGCUUUGUUGGCAAACAGACCAGCUAUGAAAGAGGAGUGGGAAAAGGUUAAAAGGUCAAUUGGUUCUGCACUGGAAAAUAAUCAGAGUCUGGAGGGAAUGAGUAGCAUCCUAUCUCUUAGCUAUAAUGAUCUUCAACCACAUCUGAAGACAUGUUUGUUAUAUUUAAGUGUAUUCCCUGAGGAUUAUGUGAUUGACAGAAAUAGGUUAGUGAGGCGAUGGGUAUCAGAAGGCUUUAUCUCAGAAGAGCGUGGACAAAGCCAACAAGAGGUUGCCGAGAAAUACUUUUAUGAGCUUAUCAAUAAAAGCAUGGUCCAAGCAGUGGACAUUGGGGAUGAUGGUAAGGUUAAUGCCUGCAGAGUCCACGACAUGAUGCUUGAAAUUAUUAUUUCAAAAUCAGUUGAAGAUAAUUUCGUCACCAUAGUGGGUGGAAGCCAAACAAGUUUGACAAACCACCAUGGUUUUAUCCGGCGACUAUCAGUUCAGCACAUUGACCAGGAGGCUGUAUCUGCAUUGGCAAAUGAAGAUCUCAGCCAUGUUCGAUCUCUAACGGUAACAUCAUCAAGUUGCCUGAAACACUUCCCUCGUCUUGUUGAAUUUGAAGCUUUGCGUGUAUUGGACUUUGAAGAUUGCUGGGAUUUGGAAGAGUAUGACAUGAACAAUAUGGACAAAUUAUUGCAACUAAAGUAUCUCAGCCUCGGUAGUGCAGACAAAUCAAAGCAACCGCGGAGGACUAUGGUGAUAGAUGGUGUAAAUUGCCUAGAUCCUAGGGAAACACAGACGGAAGUGUUGCCAACUGGAAUUGAGCGUCUUACUAAACUGCAAUAUCUAAUCACUAGGGGGUACCAUUGCAAGGUACCUAAUGGGAUUGGAAAUAUGAGCAGCUUACGGGUUAUCUCAACUUUUGAUAUUACCAGGAGUUCAGUGGAUGCAGUGGAGGAGCUUGGGAACCUUACCAGACUGAACGAACUUCGUUUAUGGUUGGAUUUUGGAGACGGGUAUAAGAGGCAUUAUGAGGUGCUUCUAUCCUUACUAUGCAAGUUUAGCAGCUGCAAACUCCAGUUCCUUCAUAUAAAUGGAACAAAAGGCUUCAUCAACUUCAUUGAUUUUUGGUCCCCUCCGCCAUCUUUCCUUCAAAUAUUUUAUAUGUCUGGUCAACUCUUAUUGUCAAACAUUCCAAGGUGGAUUACUCCAGGACUCAAAAGUCUUGCUCAUAUGUGCUUGUCUUUAAAUGAAUUAAGGGGGGAGGAUCUGCACACACUUGGUGAGCUCCCAUCCUUAGUUAUUCUAAGCUUGUGCUUGGAGACAGGAGUAAAAGGAAAGCUGACCGUAAUUGGAUUCCCAUGUCUGAAGAGGUUUCUCAUCUUUAGCUCGGAUGGGGCAUAUGUAACAUUCACAAAAGGGGCUAUGCCGAAGCUUGAGAAGCAUAUUUUGUCAGGCGAUGCGUCAGUGAUGAAUACCCAGGGAUUUUAUUUGGGCAUCGAGCAUCUAUCAUGUCUCAAAGAAAUAGAAAUAAGGAAUUGGAAGCGUGGUUCCAGUGUCACACAUCAGGAAUGCGAUGCAGCAGCAGCCGUGAUCAAGAAAGAAGCACGUGCCCAUCCCAACCGUCCAAAAUUUAAUUACAUAUCGAGUAGGUAUCAGAGAAUCAAUGAUACUGAUAGUGACGAGGAAAAGAGCAAGGAGGAGGAUAACUAAAAUGGCGCUUUGGGAUGAAAUGCUCCUCAACUGAAAGAGGAUGAUGUGUGGCUGGCUAGCUACCUUGCCUGGAAUUAUUGUCAUACUGAAAAAGAUCAGGUGCUACCAUCUCUUGUGCAUCAAGAAUAGAAGAUGGAAACGGACGCUGAAACAGGUCACCGGCAGAAAGUGGGUGGCCUCAGUUGCUACUUGCUACAUUCGUUGCGUUUGAUUGUCUAUGUUAUUUAUCUUGGUGAUUAAGACUCAAGAAUUGUUUGCAUUAGGAUACAAUGGAUUGUAUUUUCGUUGAAAAACUUGUAUUUCGUUUUGUUUGUUCACUCUGGUAAUCUCUAAUUGAAUUCUGAAUCAUUUC